UACACAUAAACCGAGCGGUUAGAUGUGGAAACAGGGCUGAGGGGAGAGCGACGCGAAGGAAGGCAACUCAAAAUUCUAACCCGGGUUGUGAAGUAAGUUGCCUCCUAAGCGGCGCUUUAAAAGGAAGCAGAAGAUAAUUGACCAAAACAACAGAGAAGAUGGACUAUGAUUUCAAAGUGAUGCUGACCGGGGAGAGAGAACGUGUAGAGGACCUGUUUGAAUAUGAGGGAUGCAAAGUGGGAAGAGGCACCUACGGCCAUGUAUAUAAAGCAAAGAGAAAAGAUGGGAAGGAUGAUAAGGACUACGCCCUCAAGCAGAUUGAAGGCACUGGCAUCUCCAUGUCUGCCUGCAGAGAAAUUGCACUACUGCGGGAGCUGAAGCAUCCUAAUGUGAUCUCACUGCAGAAGGUGUUCCUGUCACACGCAGACCGCAAAGUCUGGCUGCUCUUCGACUACGCCGAGCAUGACCUCUGGCACAUCAUAAAGUUCCACAGAGCAUCCAAGGCCAAUAAGAAGCCCCUGCAGCUGCCCAGGGGGAUGGUCAAGUCCCUGCUUUACCAGAUCCUGGACGGCAUCCAUUACCUUCACGCCAACUGGGUCCUACACAGAGACCUGAAACCUGCCAACAUCCUAGUGAUGGGGGAGGGGCCAGAGAGGGGUCGAGUAAAGAUCGCGGACAUGGGCUUUGCCCGCCUCUUUAACUCACCACUGAAGCCGUUAGCAGAUCUGGACCCUGUGGUGGUCACCUUCUGGUACAGGGCACCAGAGCUACUGCUAGGUGCCAGGCACUACACCAAAGCCAUCGACAUCUGGGCGAUUGGCUGCAUCUUUGCCGAGCUGUUGACAUCUGAGCCCAUCUUCCACUGUCGCCAAGAGGACAUCAAGACCAGUAACCCCUACCACCACGACCAGCUGGACCGCAUCUUCAACGUCAUGGGCUUCCCCGCUGAGAAGGACUGGGAAGACAUCAAGAAGAUGCCCGAGCACUCCACUCUUAUGAAGGACUUCAGAAGGAACACGUAUACAAACUGCAGCCUAAUAAAAUACAUGGAGAAACACAAAGUAAAACCAGACAGCAAAGCAUUCCACUUGCUCCAGAAGCUGCUGACCAUGGACCCGAUCCGCAGGAUCACAUCUGAGCAGGCCAUGCAGGACCCUUACUUCCUGGAGGAACCACUGCCCACCUCCGAUGUGUUUGCAGGCUGCCAGAUCCCCUACCCCAAGAGGGAGUUCCUGACAGAGGAGGAGCCAGAGGACAAGGCAGAGAAAGUCAGAAAUAAGAACCAGCAGCAGCAGGGGAACAACCACACCAACGGGGCGGGGCACACUGGUAACCCUGACAAUAGCCAUGCCCAGGGCCCGCCCCUGAAGAAGGUGCGAGUGAUCCCGCCCGUCACUACCUCAAGUGGCCUCAUGACCUCAGACUACCAGCGCUCCAAUCCACAUGCUGCCUACCAGAACCCCGGACCAAGCACAUCACUGCCCCAAAGCAGCAUUGGAUACUCCUCUACCUCCCAGCAGCCUCCGCAGUACUCACACCAGACCCACCGCUACUGACCCCUGACCUCUACCCACCCCUCGCCAUGCCCGCUAGGGAGAAUGUACUGAGGGAAGUGGGUGUGUCCAUGGCAACAGCCCACUGGUCCACCUUCACUGUAGCAGUCCAUUAGCCCAGUAUGUUAAUACAAUAUACUCAUUCUAAAAGAACAUGACAUAACACAACAACCUCAGCCAUGACAGGACAUGACAUAACGCAACAACAUCAGCCAUGACAGGACAUGACAUAACGCAACAACAUCAGCCAUGACAGAACAUGACAUAACGCAACAACAUCAGCCAUGACAGGACAUGACAUAACGCAUCAACAUCAGCCAUGACAGAACAUGACAUAACGCAACAACAUCAGCCAUGACAGGACAUGACAUAACGCAACAACAGCCAUGACAGGACAUGACAUAACGCAACAACUUCAGCCAUGACAGAAUAUGACAUAACGCAACAACAUCAGCCAUGACAGGACAUGACAUAACACGACAUCAGCCAUGACAUAACGCAACAACAUCAGCCAUGACAGGACAUGACAUAACGCAACAACAUCAGCCAUGACAGAACAUGACAUAACGCAACAACAUCAGCCAUGACAGAACAUGACAUCACGCGACAACAUCAGCCAUGACAGAACAUGACAUCACGCGACAACAUCAGCCAUGACAUCACGCGACAACAUCAGCCAGGACAACAUGACAUCAAUUCAACCAUGAGCAACACAUGGAGACUAAACCAAGAGGAAGAUGGAGAAGGAAGAACAGAUGCUGUCAGUUUGUUGUUUCCCUCGUUCCUUCCUCUGUGGUUCAAGUUAUCAUCGCUGCAAGUUUGUGACCAUUACAAAGUUAACCUUCAGAACUGGUACUUAACUACAGCCACAAGACCAACAAACAGAAGGUGGACCCGGGGCUCCCCUCUUCCCUUACCCUCCUUUCCUUCUCUCCUUACCCCUCCACCAAAGCUCUCCCUGUUUCCAGCCAGAUUCCCCUCUUCCUGUUGAAGCUUCGAUGAGACUAAAGCUGCUAUGUGACUGCCAGCAUUGACAGAAUAUAUGUCUUUCCUGUCUCUGUCCCUCUGUCUGUUUGUCUUCCCGUCUGUCUUUGUGUCUGUCCGCCCUUCCAUGGGCAUCUUCGUUGGGGACCGAAUUGAGCUGCUGACAGGAGCAUUCUGGGAGUUUGUGGGGCCCCGCCCACAGCUCUGGUUGAGGGCUUUAUUGAGAAGAAAACAAAAAAAAACAACAAAGGAAUAAAAAAAAUAAGAUUUUAGUAGUUUAUAAUUUAAUCCGUUUUGUUUUCACAAACAAAAAGUGGCGAAGCAGCUUCUGUUGUGCUGAGAGAGAGCUGCCGUUUUUAUCGCUGUGGGCAAAGCCUUAUCUUCUUGAUGACAAACCAACACAUUGUGUGGAGGAUGGCAUAUGGAACAUGCAUUUUUACUGUAUUGAAAUAUUUUACAUGACGCAAGUAUCCUGACAAUAAAAGUGGUAGUGUUGA